UGAAGUUUGGGAGCUGUUCUUGGUCUCGCCGGAGAAUCGAAGGAGAUGGAGAACGAGAUGGAGUGGUUUACUUGGGAUUUGGCCGGGCUUUACAAGAAGGACGGAUCACCGGCGACGAUUUUCACAGAGACCUCAGAAUUUCAUCCGGAUUCGUUGCCAUUGUUGAGUGGCACAAGUGAACGUGAGGCUCAACGCUAUCUUCAGGAUCUCGGAAAAAUUAUUGCUGCCAUGGUAGCAGAAAAAAUUGCUCCUCAAAACAAAUUGUAUAUUUGGCGAAGAAAUUUAUGGGCCAUCAACAUUGUUCUUCAUUCGUAUUUCGCAACUUCUGCAUCACCUGUUUCCUUUGGUGAAGUACCACUUUUCCCUUCCCUUGAUGCCGAAAUUUAUCCGGGCAGAAAACGUUCGAUGCUCUUCUGGUAUUUUUCUGGAUGUGGUCGUUGGAUCGAUGACAUUGAACGAUUAGUGUUCCAAGGACAUCCUUCAUCACCAGAAAGAUUACCCUUUCUUUUCUUUAUUCGUUAUACUGCAAAGGUGUGGAAUAUUUACCAACGCACACGCUUCGAAUUGAUGAAGACCGAAAUUCUUAGGUCUUGUUCUUUAUCGACACUUGCACGUUCGACGGCAACCUCAGAUAACUCGCAUAGAUCUCCUCGAUCACCAUUCGAAACAAAUAAACAAUUUGCAGAACUUGUGGAUGUGUCAGAUAUUAUAUCUCUGUAUGAAAGUAUGAAGAUUUGAGAGAAAGUUGGUUUUCUGCAGAUUAUCAAGUAAUCAACUUAAUUUUCUGCAAAUCUAUGUGUUGAUAAAUAAGAAUUUUGCAUUCAA